AUGUCGUUUUGGCCGUUUUUCAGUUUUUCAUUGGUAAAAUCGCAAUGGAAUGUAGGUUUUUCUCUGAAAUUCUAUCAGGAAUUUUUUUUCGUGAAAAUUUUAUUCUCUUGAACUUUAUAAUUGUUAUGGAGUGAUAGUUCGUUUUUUCCUGUCCUCUCUUAUCUUUUUUAUUAUCACUUUUUAUUAUUGUUUCUUUAAAUAUUGCAAACAUUUUUGUUACAUUUUCAUAUCUAAAUACUAAUACUAAUAAUUGUAUUUUUCAGCCAAUAAAAAGAUUGAUGAGUAAUUCGGCUUCAAUAAUAAAGGAACUCGAAAAAACACCAAAUCGUCGUGUUCUUUCAAUACAAAGCCACGUGGUUCAUGGUUAUGCUGGCAAUAAAUGUUCCGUUUUUCCAUUGCAGGUAAGAAAUAAGGGAAAUUUUUAUUAUAGAAAUUGAAAAGAGUUUUCUUAAAAGAAAAAGAAAUAUACAUUUUUCAAAGGGAAAUUCUGUGAGGUCUUCAAAAAUCUUCAGUUGAAAGAGGGGGUAAGACCACAAAAAAUUUCAAUGUCUAUCAAAAGUUCAAAUCUUACUUGUACUGUACACAAAAGUGGUUCGCAGUGUUUGCACACACUGUGCAUCUGUGCAUCUGUGCCACUUGGGGGCUAAUUUGAAAAAAAGUGUGUACAGUACAGUGUGAUUUUUAUAUUUCAUUCUUACCUUUUUGAUUUGUUCAAUUUUCAACCAUUUUGAAUCAGAACCUUCGCGAGUGUUCUUUGUCAACCGCAAAAAAAGUUUGAUUGCCAUUGAUAUAACUAGUUUUAUUUUCAGCUACAUGGUUUCGAAGUCGAUGCAAUAAACAGUGUUCAAUUCUCGAAUCACGCUGGUAACAUAGAAUAUUUGACGCUUCCGACAAGUAAUUUUUGUUGGAAAAAAUAUUGAAAUUUUAAUUAGAGAGUGUGUGAGAGAGUAUUAUUUUUAGGAAUUUUUGAACUGGAAAUUUUGGCACAAAAACAGGAAUAAAUCAAAAAAAAAGUUAGAUUUUUAGCAUGAGAAUUUGAGUUUUUGCACGGAUAAUUUGAAUUCUUGUUUUAUAAUUCAAAAAAUUCCAAAUUUUCACAGGAUAUCAACACGUGAAAGGUCAAAGAUUGACUGACAAAGAACUUGAUGAAUUAUAUGAAGGUUUGAAACUCAACAAUAUCAACAAAUAUUCUCAUGUACUAACAGGUAACUUAUUUUUCGAAUAUGAAAAUAUGAAAUUAUCCAAAAUCUUACAGGUUACUGUGGAAAUGUAACAUUUUUGCAAAAAAUUGCCGAUGUCGUGAAAGACUUGAAAAAUAAUAACCCAAAUACUCGGUUUUUCUGUGAUCCUGUGAUGGGAGAUAAUGGAAGAUAUGUAAGGAUUUAGAACAAAAAAAAUAGUUUAUUUUCAAAAUAUUACUUUUUUCAGUAUACACCUCAAGAAUUGAUGCCAAUUUAUCGUGAUAUAAUUGUGCCGCUAGCUGAUGUUUUAACACCAAAUGCAUUUGAAUUAGGCGAAUUGACUGGAAUCAAAAUUGAAACUGAACAAGAUUGUUUGAAAGCAAUCGGGAUUUUGCAUCAAAAGGGUGUUUCAACAAUAGUUGUGACAAGUGGAGUGACUGGAGCACAAACUUCGGAAUUCCUUCGAUGUUAUGCGAGUAUUCGAGAUGGAAUUUGUUAUCGAUUCACGUUUCCAAGAUUACAAGGACAAUUUGUUGGAACAGGUUAGUUGAGUUCUUAAACUGGGUCGCAAAGUUUAGAGCUUCAUUUUAAUGUUGCUCAUUUUUCAAUUAUUUGAAAUCCCGUUCUAUAUUUUAUUAUCUGAUGAUUUCAGGAUUUUUCCACAGAAAAACCCUGCAGUAUUUUUCAAUGAAAAAUCUUCUAAAGUUUUUUAAAAUUUCCGCAAUCAAAAUAUUCUAUUUUCCAUUGAAAAGGUUGAAUGUACGUACCUCCGCGAGUAUUUGCAAAAAAGUGGAAAACAUAUUUUUAAAUUUUUGUUCAAAAAAAUUUUUCAGUUUUCCUUACCCAAACCUGAUUUGGAACUUUUCAAAAAUAUUUAUUUUAGGUGAUGUAUUUGCAUCUCUUCUUGUCGUUUGGCUCGAUGCAUUAAAUGGAAAUAUUGCUGAUGCAGUCCGACGAGUUCUUUCUUCAAUGCAGCUUUUAAUAAGAAGAACCAGUGAAUUUGCACAAUCCGAAGUCGACUCAAAUUCACAACGAAUGUGUGAGUUGCGACUUAUUCAAUCGCGAAAAGAAUUGUUAUGGCCUGAUGAGAGUAUUGAAGCAAACAUUAUCGUUGAUGAAAUGUAA